GUACAUCGCCAUGACGAUGAUCGAAUGAUAUAUCGUGCAGCCCUGGAUGAUUGUAGGUUUCACCUUUGACCUGAGCUGUCAGCCUGUUGUGUUUCUGACCCCGCCCCCCAGACUCUGAGGGUCCUGGACGUGUUCGAGUGUCACGGUCGUCGCGGUGUCAGCUGUUUGGCCGCGGCUCAGGAGGGCGCCUGCCGCCUCCUGCUGGUUGGUUCCUACGAUGGUACCGUCAGUGUCCGGAACGCCAAGAGCGGCCUGCUGCUGCGCUCUCUGGAGGGUCACACCAAGACGGUUCUGUGUCUGAAGGUGAGGAUGAGGAUGUUCUCCAGAAGGUCAGACUGAAGAGGAGACCACACCCACAUGCUGGUCUUGUCGUUUCAGGUGGUGAAGGAUCUGGUCUUCAGCGGCUCCAGUGACACGUCUGUUCGCGUCUUCAACAUCCACGUAAGUGUGAGAAGGUCCUGUGAGCGAUCCGACGCCACGACACGAGUGUGGAGGGCAGGCGUCGGGAAUCUUCAGUGACUUUUUCACUCGUUUGUUUUUAUCCUUAUUUUCUGACGUUUGAGUAUCAGAGUUAAUUUAACAUCGUUGACUUCAGGUGGAGGCUUCAAAUGAACCUUUUGGGUUUUCUGCUUCUCCUUAAACUUCCUUUUCCAAUCCGGUCCGCUUUAUUUCUACAGUUUAUCAAAGUGCUGCACAAUAAGAUCUAAAAGAACAAACGGAAAAACGUCGAGAGGAAAUAAAUAAAAAAACAUUUAAAAUGAAAUAAAAUCAAUGAGAUUAAAACACAAAAGCAUAAAGAAGUCAAAGUGAUAAAAGAGAUCACACAGCUCUGCUGCUGAGCUGAGAGGAAUAAAAAUGAGUUUGAAGACGUGAUUUUAAAGAUGAAAGAGUCGGCGAUGUUUUAAUUCUGGAGCCUCAGCGAGAAAGUUCGGUCUCCACGGGUUUUUAACGAGUUUUAGGGACGAAGAGUCGGAGCUGAUCAGCUGACCUCAGGGAACGUGUACGGAAGUCAAUCUGUGCCAUCUGAUUUUAAAUUAGAUUUUUGUUAAAGCUGAAUUUUUAAAGACUUUGAAUUUUAAAACUAUUGAAUUAGAAACACGCAUUUUUAUUUCUGACACUUUUUUUUCACAUUGACGAAAAAAAUCAGUGUAAAAAAAUCUGUUUAGUCAAAAAUUUAACCUAAAAAAACUGUAAAAAUAGAUUCAACUUAAAAAAAAAAUUAAGUGUAAAACAGACUCAACAUCAGGGAGAACAAUCGAUUCCUCAUUCUUCCACUGGGGGCAGUGUCACAUGACCAGUCUGGCAUUAAUUGAUUAGCUGGAAGAUAGAUGAUUGAUCCAGGAAUCGAUUGUUCUCCCCGAUUACCCGGAUGUUAAGUCGGUCUGUUGUACACUAAAUUUUUUUUUUUAUGUUGAAUUUUUUUUUGACAAUUUCUUUUCAAGUUGAAUUUUUACUCCAUGAAUAUCAUUUUUUUUUUUUAACUAAAUUUAUUUCAUCAUUGUGAAAAAAAUAAGUGUCAGAAAUAAAACUGCGUGUUUGAAAUUCAAAUUCAAAAUCAGAUGGCACAGACUGACCUCCAUAAACGUGGGGGGGUUUGAACACUGAAGAGGUCAGAGAUGUACGGUGGUGCUGAUCCGUUUAAAGAUUUAAAAACAAACAAUAAAAUAUUAAAACGAACAGGAAGCCAAUAAAGGGACGCCAGAAUCGUAGUCAUGUGGUCAUGUUUACGUUGUUAAAAGACGAGCAGCAGCGUUUUGGACGAACUCUGAGCGUGUGAGAGAAACCGGAUUAACACCGACGUGUUAAAGAGCGUUACAGUCGACCAACCAGAGAGCGGAAAUAAAAACAGGAAGGACUUGUUAAAAAUCAUUAAAAGAUCAAAUCGAUUAAUCCGGGAUAAACGCCUCCGAUGAUAAAACCUGGAUCUAACCUCAGAGUUGGUUUGUUGAUUUCUCCGUGUAAACGGGAAGAACUUGUCCGAACAGACGCUCAUGUUCGCUUUGAUCGGGUCGGACGCUCAGAGAGGAGAUCAUGUGAUCGCUCGUACAGGAGAAAGGUCCGUGUUCAUGAUACCCGUCAGGUUCUGUUAAAGGUUCCCCUCUGCUUCUCCAGACAGGAGAGUUGCUUCGUGUCUACAGGGGUCACGGUCACGCCGUCACAUCCAUCGCCAUCUUGGGGGCAGUGAUGGUGACGGCCUGUCUGGAUAAAUUCAUCCGAGUUUACGAGCUCCAGGUAAAAGUCUGAAGGUCAGAUGAAGGCUUUGCUGGUUUCAAAUAUAGAUCUAUGUGGUACUCUGAGGAAGAACCGGAUCAUUGGUUCCUAACCAGCUCAUAUGAUCUCCUGAGGUUCUUCUCCUCACUUAAUGAGGUUCAGUUCAAAAUGGAGGUGAGGUCCUGAACUCUGUUAACCAUGAAUGAUCUCCACCUUCUUCCAGUCCCACACCUGCCUGCAGGUGUAUGGAGGUCACAGCCACAUGCUGAUGUGUAUGACCGUGCAAAACGACGUGGUACGUGGACCAACCAAACCGGCCCAGAAGUAUCAGUGGGGUCCGUUUUGGAGAAGAAUCUUCAGGUAUCUGACUUGUUCUGGUUGAUCAGCUGUUGUUGGUUCCUCGUAGAUCUAUUCGGGCUCUUAUGAUGGAAGUGUUGAAGCUGUGAAGCUGGAUCUGAUGAAGAACCACCGCUGCUGGGUAAGGAAGGAGAAGAACUUCCUCCAACCUCUCCAUGUUCUCCUGUCAGAUGUUUAAAGGUUCUCCUUCUGUCCCAAACCUCCACCCUCCUCUCAGUGGCAGCACUGCUCUUUGGUCUUCGCCGUGGACCAGCAUCUUCUGCAGCAUCUAGUUGAAGAUCACAGUCACCCAAAUCGGCAGACGGUCAAAUGUCGCUGGAGGAACUGCAGCAGGUUCUUCUCCCCACAGACGUCCAUCAGAGAGGUGAGGACCAGAUCCAGACAGGAACCUUCACAGCUGAGCAGGAACUCUAAACCAUCAGGGUUUAAGUCAUCCAAAGAGAGGCUCUCCCAGUAAACGUACUCUAAUACUAUUACUCUGAAACAGGAACUCUGAUACUAGUACUCUGAAACAGGAACUCUGAUACUAGUACUCUGAAACAGGAACUCUGAUACUAGUACUCUGAAACAGGAACUGUAAUACUAGUACUCUAAAACAGGAACUGUAAUACUAGUACUCUGAUACAGGAACUCUAAUACUAGUACUCUAAAACAGGAACUGUAAUACUAGUACUCUAAAACAGGAACUCUGAUAAUAGUACUCUGAAACAGGAACUCUAAUACUAGUACUCUAAAACUGGAACUCUAAUACUAGUACUCUGAAACAGGAACUCUAAUACUAGUACUCUAAAACUGGAACUCUAAUACUAGUACUCUAAAACUGGAACUCUAAUACUAGUACUCUAAAACAGAAACUCUAAUACUAUUACUCUAAAACAGGAACUCUGAUAAUAGUACUCUGAAACAGGAACUCUGAUACUAGUACUAAAACAGGAACUUAAUACUACUAAAACAGGAACUCUAAUACUAGUACUCUGAAACAGGAACUCUGAUACUAGUACUCUGAAACAGGAACUCUGAUACUAGUACUCUAAAACAGGAACUCUGAUACUAGUACUCUAAAACAGGAACUGUAAUAAUAGUACUCUAAAACAGGAACUCUAAUUCUAAGUUCUUUCUUUGUUUUUUCCCCUAUUCUGCAGGACCUGCCUGAUCACAUGAAGAACCAUGUGGAGAAGGACAGCAGACAUGAGACCUGUAAAGUUCUGAGAGUUUAAGACGGUUGAGUCCUGUCAUUGUGAAUGAAGCACGUGUACACACACACACACACACACAUACACACACUCACACACACACACACACACACACACACACACACACUCAGCCUUAAAGAUGAUGUCAGGU